AGCGGCCUAGUCCUGCCUGCUCUACCAUCUACCAGCCCUCCUCUACAGAGGAGGGGCCACUCACUUCAGCCAACCUCGGGAGAAAAUGUCUGGAAUCCGUUUCCGCUUUAGGGAGGGGACGGUGAUUUUUUUUUUUACUUGACUUUCCAACCAACUUUAAUUUCCACGACAACUCGGACAGUUUGUGCUAACUGUAGGGGAUUGAAUUAACGUUACGACGAUGGCUUCUUCGCCUCAAAAGUCCCCGUCCUCUCCGAAAUCUCCGUCGCCCAAAUCUCCGACGCCCAAAUCCCCUUCUUCCAGAAAGAAAGACGACUCUUUCCUGGGAAAACUUGGAGGAACUUUGGCAAGAAGGAAAAAGGCUAAAGAAGUGUCUGAGCUUCAGGAAGAGGGAAUCAAUGCCAUCAACCUUCCUCUCAGCCCUUCCCACUAUGAGCUGGACCCUGAGGACACCAUGCUAGAGGAGAAUGAAGUACGCACCAUGGUGGACCCCAACUCCAAGAAUGACCGCAAACUGCAGGAGCUCAUGAAGGUGUUGAUCGACUGGAUUAAUGAUGUUCUGGUGGGAGAGAGGAUCAUUGUGAAGGAUCUGGCUGAAGAUCUGUAUGAUGGACAGGUCCUACAGAAACUAUUUGAAAAGCUGGAAGGUGAGAAACUGAACGUGGCAGAGGUGACUCAGUCAGAGAUUGCCCAGAAACAGAAGCUGCAGACUGUUUUAGAGCGCAUCAAUGACUCACUCAAACUCUCCACUAGGAACAUUCGCUGGAAUGUUGACUCGGUUCAUGCUAAGAGUAUAGUUGCCAUCCUGCACCUGCUGGUGGCGCUGUCGCAACACUUCAGAGCACCAAUCAGAUUGCCAGACCACGUUUCUAUUCAAAUAGUGGUCGUUCAGAAAAGAGAGGGAAUUCUUCAGUCCAGACAAAUUCAAGAGGAAAUCACUGGCAACACAGAGGCUUUCUCUGGCAGACAUGAGCGCGAUGCUUUCGACACCCUGUUUGACCAUGCUCCAGAUAAACUGAAUGUUGUCAAAAAGACAUUGAUCACAUUUGUGAACAAACACCUCAACAAGCUCAACCUAGAGGUGUCUGAAUUGGACACACAGUUUGCAGACGGGGUUUAUCUGGUAUUGCUGAUGGGGCUGCUGGAGGGAUACUUUGUGCCGCUCUACAACUUUUUCCUCACACCAGAGAAUUUUGACCAAAAGGUCCACAACGUGUCCUUCUCCUUUGAACUAAUGCAGGACGGAGGUCUGGAGAGACCAAAGCCCCGACCAGAGGAUAUAGUGAACUGUGACCUUAAAUCAACACUGCGCGUCCUCUACAACCUCUUCACAAGGUACAGGAACGUAGACUAAGCUGGGGACAAGA